UCCACUCCCGGGGACAAACCGGGGGUCUGGGCGGACCCGGCUCGCUGUGCCCGGUUUGGCAGCGACCCCGGGGCUGACAGCGCCGUUAGUUCUCCCCCGUUAGUGCCGCUGCAGCGGUAGAACCCCCGGCACGGUUCCACCGGGAGGCUGGGGUCGGUGCCCCGGGAGCCGCAGCCGGCACCGGGGGUGCUGCCGUGACCUCCGGUACCGGGAUCCUGCCCGGCCUCACGAAACCCCCGGCCCCGUGAGCAGCAGCGGUGGCGGGGGCAGCCCGGCAGAGGGGUCCGGAGGGCUCACGGGGGUACCGGAGGAGGCGGCCCGGGACCGGGCGCUCGCUCGUUCACUCUCACUGGCCCCGCUUCUCGCUGUCGCCCGCCCCCGACGGUGUCCCGUGACAUCACACCUGGCCGCUGACGUCACACCUGCUCACUGACGUGUUGGGGAUCCCGCGGCACCACCGGGGACGCCCCCAGAGGGAUCCCCCGGGCCCGGCGGGACCCGACGAGGUCACUGCAACACGCGACGAGGAGCAGGGCCGGUACCAGCCCGGGGACACGGCCACGAGCCCUCGGGACCGGUCAGACAGAAGGGUACCGGAGCUGUCCGGGGUCCCAACGCCACCGGGCGCGCGGAGCGGGGGGGUGCAGCCCCCCGCAUCCCUCGCUCGGUGGUGGCGGUACCGGCGGCAGGAGGGUGACACCGGCAGCCCCCGCAGCCGGGAUUAGCUGUACCCCGGGAGAGGUCGCGGGGACUGCGAUGGCUUCGGGGGAGGAAACCCGAGCCCAGCCACCCUGGCAAGGCCACGGGGGUGCAGGGAGGGGACUCCUGGUCACAGCAGCCCUAGGGAGCCACCCCGACACCCAGGUGGGGACACGACGGCCACCAGGCAGCCCCAGGGUGGCGUUGGGGCUUGCAGGGUGCCCGGGCGAUGAUCAGCCGGUGCUCACGGCUGCCCCUGGCUCCCUGCCCCGGGCCUAUAUUUAUCGGUAAUGACAGGCUGCUCCGGGGCGUUCCCGGUCCGUACCCCGCUGCCUCGGCCCCCCGGCCCUGCCCAGCUCAGCCGGUGCCACGCGUGACCCCGGCGUCCCACGGCCACCUGCCCAUUUCCGGGCACACGCAGCCCCAGGUCGGGGCUAUAAAAAGCUCAGCGUGGGGUGGCAGCUGCCACAGGGGGGGUCCCGUGGUGGCUCUGACCGGAACGGGAUGCUCCGGGCCUGGCUGCACGCGGGAGGACGCCGGGGCUGCGGGAGCCACACCAUAAAUGUCCAGCUCGGAGCUGUCCUGGAACAGGGACAGGGCAGGAGAGCGUGGGGGAGAGGGCUGAGCCCCCCACCCCCCUCCACGGCACGCACUGACACCGGCACUUGUCACCCCCAGAUCUCCACAGGCUCCUCUUGGGGGGACAGGGGGGGCAAGGGGAGAGUUGGGGUCCCCAGAGAACCCGGUCAGAGGGGAAACCGAGACACAGCAGAGGGCUGGGGGCUCUCGGUGCUCCACCUGUGCAAGGGAACCCCCGUGCACACACCGGUGCUGCAGCGGCUCCCCAGCUCUGGGGGUGCCUUGUGUCCCCCAGCUCCUCUGGAUGCUGCUUCUGCAGCUCUGGGGGACACUGAGGCAGCUCGUGGGGGACCCCUGUGCCCGUCCUGCGUGGGCACCGCAGGGCACCGUGUCCCCCGCAGGCGGAAGGGCUCGGGGUGGGACUCGCUUCCCGCCGGCUCCCGGAGGAAACGGGGCAGGAAGGGCCUGGCCGGGGCCCCGCAGCGCCGGGACGUGGCCGACGGCACCGGAGGGGGGGACACAGGGGGUCCCCGGGAGCUCGCUCACGUCCAGGGUGACAGCAGUUGGUCACCCCAAGGCCGCCCUGCCCGGAGCACAGCGAGGAGGGGGCUCCAAGGGGGGUGGGAGGGAGCUUCAGCCCCCAGCCCCCCCAUGCUGGUCCCCACGGGGCUCUGUCCCCUCUCAGUCACAGGCACACAUCGCUGCAAAUCCUCUCUGUAUUGGCGAGCACUGACGCGGUACAACAGCCCGGGAGGGGGAGGGGCAGGGGUGGGACCCCCACGACCCCCCCCCCAGCCUGGGGAAUGCGGGGCUCCCCCGGUGCUCCCCUCCAGGGAGGAAGGUCCCGCUCCGUGA